UCCUUGAAGGAAGCAGACCCGUAUCAUUUAAUACAACACACUCACCCAUACAUUGCUCUUUCUAAUUUUUUCUCGAGAUCCAAGCACCUGCACCGUGCGGGCUCAAGUUCAGGGAUCACGUCCUGAGCUCGAAGGUCUCUUCGUUCAUUUCAUUUUCAGGCUCAAGUUCAGUGAACCAAACAGCAAACAGAGUAUCUUCAUUUUCAGGCAAUAAAAAAAUGGAAUCUCUUGGCGCCUUACAGACGUCUAGUAAUACUCUUUUCCGGAAGCAAUUUAGAUUCCCUCCCUGUACUGCUUUACCUCAUAUUACUUUCUUGAACCGGAGGAAUCCUUUUCCUUACCGAGAUUGGGACCGAGUAACUAGUUCGCGGAGACGUUCGCUUUGGGUGGUUACUGGUAUUUCUGCUCCAGAAAUGAGAGAGGAAGAGAAGAAGAAGAUGAAAAGGAAAUCGAAGUCGGUUGGGGAAAAAGUGCAGUUGAACAUUAGGCUGGACCACCAAGUUGAGUUUGGUGAGAGGGUUGUGAUUUUGGGGUCGUCCAAGGAAUUGGGAUCAUGGAAAAAGGAGGUGCCAAUGGAUUGGACAGAGAGUGGAUGGGCGUGCAACCUUCAGUUGAAAGGGGGAGAAUCCAUUGAGUGUAAGUUUGUCAUUGUGACAAGGGAUGAAGCUAUGAUAUGGGAAGGUGGUGACAACCGUGUCCUGAAGGUACCGAAGGGGGGGAACUUUGGAUUGAUUUGUCACUGGAAUGCAACAUCGGAGGCUAUGGAGUUGUUGCCUUUGGUUUCUGAAGAAGAAGUGGAGGAUCUAGUUGGCAAUGAUGAAAAUGGAUCUGCAGAAGCUGCGGCUAGUCUUACAGAGGUGGAGACAAGUCCUUUUGUUGGGCAAUGGCAAGGAAAGGCUGUCUCAUUCAUGCGUUCAAAGGAGCAUAGAAAUAGAGAAUCUGAAAGGAAAUGGGAUACUACAGGUCUUGAAGGUUUAGCUCUAAAGUUAGUUGAGGGUGAUCGUAGCGCAAGAAAUUGGUGGAGAAAGCUUGAAGUCAUACGCGAGCUAAUAGUUGGCAGUCCUCAAGGUGAAGAGCGGUUGGAGGCAUUGACAUACUCUGCUAUUUACUUGAAGUGGAUAAACACAGGGCAGAUUCCUUGUUUCGAAGAUGGAGGCCAUCAUCGACCAAACAGGCAUGCUGAAAUUUCUAGACUUAUCUUCCGUGAACUGGAAAAAAUUUCCUGCAGGAAAGAUCCUUCACUUCUGGAAAUACUUGUUGUUCGCAACAUCCAUCCUUCUUUGCCAUCUUUUAAGGCAGAAUUUACUGCAUCUGUUCCUCUAACUCGAAUAAGAGACAUUGCCCAUCGGAAUGAUAUUCCACAUGACCUCAAGCAAGAGAUCAAACAUACAAUACAAAACAAGCUUCAUAGAAAUGCUGGUCCAGAAGAUUUAGUUGCUACGGAAGCAAUGCUCGCAAGAAUCACUAAGAAUCCUGGAGAUUAUAGUGAAGCAUUUGUGGAGCAGUUCAAGAUAUUUCACAGUGAACUCAAGGACUUCUUCAAUGCUGGAAGCUAACUGAACAACUUGAAUCUGUUAGAGAAUCUUUAGAUGAAAGGGGCAUGUCCACUCUAUCACUGUUUCUGGAAUGCAAAAA